AUGAAUAAUGACCUAGAAAAAUUCAUCAUAUUCACUGAAAGAGAUGAAAUUGAUCAAAAUCAAAAACUUAAAUGCGAUUUAUAUCCAUACUCUUAUGAAGGAUAUUCAUUACUUGAAUUAUGUUGUUACCAUGGAGCAGUUGAUUGUUUCAAGUUUUUAAGAACAAAAUUUAGCUCAGAAAUAACUCAAAGAUGUCUUGAAUUUUCAUUUUUAGGCGGAAAUCCAGAUAUCAUGAGUGAAUGUUUGAAAUAUCAAGAACCAGAUGAAGAAAGCAUGCAUUAUGCAAUUAUUUCACACAAUAUUGAUUUUGUUACAUUCUUGAUGAAUGAGUUCAAUAUAGAAAUAGAUUUGAAUUAUUGUGCAUUGUAUAAUAAUCUUGAAUCAUUUUUAGUUUAUUUUGAUCAAACUAAUGCAAUUAACAAAUGCAUUAUUUAUUCAGUGAUGUUUAAUAUUCCAUCCCUUUUAGAAUAUUUCCUAUCAAUUGGUGCAAAUAUCAAUGAAAAAGAUAUUAAUGGACAGACAGCUCUUCAUAUUGCAGCAGAAAAUAAUAGUAUAGAAACUGUCGAACUUCUUAUUUCACAUGGUGCAAGUAUCUAUGAAAAAGAUAAUUAUGGAAAGACUGCACUUCAUGUUGCAGCAAUGCACAAUAAUAAAGAAACUGCUGAAUUUCUUAUUUCACAUGGCGCAAAUAUCAAUGAAAAAAAUGAAAAUGGAAAAACCGCUCUUCAUUAUGCAGCAAUGAACUAUAGUGAAGAAACUGCCGAAGUUCUUAUUUUACAUGGUGCGAAUAUCAAUGAAAAAGAUAAUGAUGGGGAAACCGCACUUCAAAUUGCUGCAACUUAUAAUAGAAUAGAAACAGCUGAACUUCUUAUUUCACAUGGUGGUAACGAAUAA